GAUUGACAGCCUGGCGGUUUCACAGCCGGGUUGUCUAUUUUUCACAUGACUCUCCCUACAUCGUACCAAGCGAGUAAUCAUCGAGACUUUUGAGCCUACCUCUUUACCUGCCCACAACCUAAAUCUACCGCACACUACCGCAUAAUCCCACACGACCAAGUGUUGAUUUAGACAUUAGACUGCCUCUUCCACACGUGGUACUUUAUUGCAGAUGACGAACAUCCCCCAGCCGAUCCGGCCUCUUGGGCCGAUUGAGGUCUACUCGUCCUCAAGGCACGCGUUGGGCUUCUAUCGGUGCCUGGCCAAUACUUGUCGCUAUGCUGUUUCUUGGUCUGUCCUCCAAGGCAAGAGUGUUCCCGACGUGUUGGAGGCUGCAGUUGCAAACCUGGUCCUCCGGUUGCCCCGGUUGAGUGUGGCAAUCACUGGCGAUGAAGCAUCUGGCCCUUACUUUGCCUCGGUGUCCUCUCUGGAUCUUUCUCACCACUUGGAAUGUGUGGAGCUGCCUGCCGAACUUGAUUCGCAUGCUCGCGACUCACACCUACUCCAUAUGUUAGAAGCCCAACACAACCAGUUGUGGCCUGACGUCGGAACCCGACCGCCCUGGAGGGUGCUUGCCGUCUAUGAUCCUCGGCCGUCCCAACUUGAAGACAGGCUGAUAAUCGAUAUUGUGCUUGCCAUCCACCACUCUCUCGCUGAUGGAAGGAGCACAGCCAUUUUCCAGGCCAGCCUCUUGGACGAACUGAACAAGCAACCAGCCCGUCCCUCGUGCCUAGAGGACCACGUUCUACGGAUGCCCAGCAAGCCUCAUGGGCACAUUCUGCCACCUCAGGAGGAGCUCGUCAAAUUCACCACGUCUUGGAGGUUCCUUGCCGGCACGUUGUUGAACCAACUCGCCUCGGGCUGGCUCGGCAAACCAGCGACCGAUCUUCCUUGGACGGGCGCACCGAUCAGACCUGACCCUUACCAAACCAGACUCCGUCUGGUUACUAUCCCUGCAAAAGCUGUGUCACAGCUUCUUGCCAAUUGCAGGGCGAACGGCACCACCCUCACCCCUUUACUUCAUAUGCUAAUUCUCACAUCUCUUGCUCGACGCUUACCAGCAGAGACAGCCACGUCGUUUCAGAGCUGCACUCCUAUAGACUUGCGUCCCUUUGUACAGUCCGGAUCUCUUGUGACUGAUCGCGCCGAAUCCUUUGGCGUACUGGUUACUUCGGCGUCGCACAGUUUCGACUCUUCUCGUGUCUCGGGGCUGCGGGAGCAAGCAAGCGGAGAGAAGAUUUGGAGCCUUGCUCAAACCUUGCGUCAGGAACUCAAGGACCGGGUCGAGACCAUUCCUCAAGAUGACAUGGUCAGUAUGCUUCGCUGGGUUGCCAACUGGCGCGGUUUCUGGCUCAACAAGGUGAACAAGCGGCGGGAGCAAACAUGGGAGGUGUCCAACAUCGGAUCGCUGCAAGGCAGUCCGGAGGACACUGAACCGGUUUCUGGUUCAAAGUGGCAGAUAUUACGGUCUGUAAUGUCGCAGUGCGCCAUAGUCGCGGGGCCGGCUCUCUGUGCUAGCGUUUCGGGCGUUAUAGGGGGUCCCAUAAGCAUUGCGCUGAGCUGGCAGGAAGGUAUCCUUGAGUCAGAACUUGUCGAAGGUGUAGCGCACGAUUUGCAGCUCUGGAUGGACCAAGGCGGUCCAGUGCAUGGUCAAAAGUUGCCGUAAUGUGCGCUGGCACGGAAGUUGGUGUCGUGGAACCGAGGUCUUGCCGAUCAGCAUCUGGGAUUUGGAGUAUUAGUUGGAUAGGCAGGCACCUUUCUGUAGCAAAUUCUUCUAUGCCAGUUGGUAUCCUUCUUGUAGAGCUCCCGGAUCCAUAGAAGAGUGAGUACCCGUGCUUGAUAUUAUGACGUUACUUUACUCGUUAGAAUAUGAUAUAUGCCAGUACAGAGGAAGAGUUGAAGUACCCUAACCCUCAUUCACUUUACCGGUUCGGACCAUGAUAGAUGUCGAUACAAUAGGUACAAUGUUGCAUGAAAUCGACUAUGAUGAUAUGAAGCGUUAACGGCUUUUUGGUAAUUCCAGCAGUCGCUUCAUAGCUGUCGAUGUACAUUUGUGCCGGACACUUUUAACCGUUCAGUGUAAUGUUGAGUUUGACAGAUUUUAC